UCACCUGCCUUCUCCGGAGAGCAAAAAUCCUGGGGCUCAAGAAAGUCGACUACUCAAGUAGUCAGCAGACAGUGAUGUUCCCAAACCCCUCCUUUCCCCCUGAAGGACGAAGGGAAUCCUUCCAGAGGCGCUGGGGUGCACAGGCUGCCCAGACCCCAGUCCCUCCACCCACUGCCCCUCUCCCCGCCCCUUCCUUCCUGUCCCCCUGAGUAUUUAACCUCUACCCUGUAGCUCUACCUCCGAAACCUUGGUAGCCAGAGAUGGGGACACAGCCCGCGGAGCAGGUGUCCUGGGGCUCCUACUCUGGGGACACAGAGGACCCGUACUCAGCUGAGACACUGCCUGAGAUCUGCUCCAAGGCUGAUGUGCAGGCCUUCAGCCGUGCCUUCCAGCCCAGCGUGCUGCUGACAGUGGCCUUCCUGGGCCUGGCGGGCAACAGCCUGGUCCUGGCCACGCAUCUGGUGGCUCGGCACGCGGCGCGCUCACCCACCGCGGUGCACCUGCUGCAGUUGGCCCUGGCUGACCUCCUGCUGGCCCUGACCCUGCCCUUCGCUGCGGGGGCCCGAGCGCCGGCGUGCACUCCGUGUCGUAGUGGCCCUGGUGGCAGCCUUUGUGGUUCUGCAGCUGCCCUACAGCCUGGCUCUGCUGCUGGACACGGCCGACCUAUUGGCCGCCCGAGAACACAGCUGCCCGGCCAGCAAGCGGGCGUCAUGGCCGCCUGCUAUGCACUCCUAGGCCGCACACUGCUGGCCGCCAGGGGGCCCGAGCGCCGGCGUGCACUCCGUGUCGUAGUGGCCCUGGUGGCAGCCUUUGUGGUUCUGCAGCUGCCCUACAGCCUGGCUCUGCUGCUGGACACGGCCGACCUAUUGGCCGCCCGAGAACACAGCUGCCCGGCCAGCAAGCGCAAGGACCUGGCUCUGCUGGUGACCGGCGGCCUGGCCCUGGCACGCUGUGGCCUCAACCCGGUGCUCUAUGCCUUCUUGGGCCUGCGCUUCCGCCAGGACCUGCAGGCGCUGCUGCGGGGAGUGGGCUGUGGUCCCAGGGCACACCCCCGUGGUCGCUGUCCCCGCCGGCCACGCCUGUCCUCCUGCUCCGCACCCACUGAAACCCACAGUGUGUCCUGGGACAGCUAGGGCUGCAGAAGGGAGUGGG